GUUAACAGCAAGCACUUUAACAUUGUAAGUGACAGUGGCAAGAAGAAGGGCAAAAGAGCAAUAAAAGAACUUCAGUAACAGAAAAAAGUAACAGAAAAAAAAUCUUAAGGAAGGACUUGGCAUAAUCAAACAUGAAAGUUCUGAUUUUUCUAGCAAUAGCUCUGGCUAUACCAUGUAGCCAGUGCAAGCAGACUGAAAUAGUGGUGGCGAGUGGUUCAGUAGCAGUGCUUCCAUGCAUCGUGCACUCACCCAGUGCUUACUCCACUGCAGUCUACUGGAAGAGGAAAGCCGGAGGCAUGCAGAAGACGGUGUGGCGGAGGGACAAAAGUGGCCUUGAGUUCCGGCCAGUGGGACAAGCUUCACGCUCCCACUGCCCCCUGCCAAACUUUGGAAAGGGGGAUUACAGUCUUCAUAUUGAGGGGGUGAGAGACGAGGAUGCGGGAAUGUACCACUGUGUGGUGGAAGGAACCAGAUGGGACACUGUGCAGGUCAUACUCAGAGUCAUCAAAGUGUCGUUCACUCCCGUCAACGUGAUGGAGGGCGAGAAGGUGCAAAUGACAUGUAUUAUCACUCCCCAGCCUCCAAAGCACAUUGCAGUGAAGUGGCAACUGAACGGCUCGUUGAUGAGGACUGCCACAACCUCUCAGACUCAUACACUCUAUCAUGUGUCUCAGAGGGAGGCAGGAAACUGGAGCUGCCUAAUUCAAUACAAUGAUGCACAGGCAAAAGCAUCUGCACUUCUGCAAGUCAAAGGAGUCAUGCUCCCUAAGGAAAGUCAUGCAGUAGUGUAUGGCGAGGUGGGCUCCUCCGUCACAUUGCCUUGCAUCUUCUCUGACGGGCUCUUUGUGAACAGUUCCUCCUGGGAGAGGGUAUCCAGUCAAACUGGUUCACCUGCCUCGCUCCCAUCGACUUUCCGAAACACUUUGGGCCAUGCUGCUGGGGAAUGGUCUGUAAAGUGGGACCAGUCAGCCCACAUCAUGAGUGUGAGGGAGGCCGACAAAGGCACAUACAGGUGCUCAGGGCAGAUGGAGGGAGCCAGCGGCAGGAGGCUCACAGUGGAGAGGCAUAUCCAUCUAGUCACUGCUCAAGUUUCACAGUCAUCCCGAAGUGACAAUGUGGUGCUCACCUGUGACCUUAGUAAUGCCAGUCAGGUCACAGAUUAUGAAUGGCUCAGAUCAACCUAUGACAUAAAUGCCACUCAGACACUCACUUCUGUCCAGAAGUCAAGGUCAAACAGCUUGACAAUUCUAAACGCUGAGGUAAAGGACCAGGAAGGAUGGGUGUGCCGCUAUUAUGAGCAGCAGAGGCUUCUGGGAAAUGUCACUUUCCACAUGCAAAUGAUGAGUGGGUUGGCCAGAGAAAAAGAGCCUGUAAGUGGUAAAAAGGCAGCUAUGGUGCUAGGAUUGGCCUUCCUGUUACUGCUUGUACUCCUGAUUUUGCUCCAGAUAUACAAAAACCAUCGCCGAAGAAAAAUGAUCAUGCAGUAUCCAGCGAUGGAGACUAUCGUCCAUCGAGCUGCCAAUGAACGAGAAAGAAGAGAUAGAUGUAAGAAGAGUGAGGAAGGCCUGAGUAAUGCUCACGAUGGAGACCUGAAACAAGGGGCACUGUAACGUCUGCAGCAGUUCAGCCAUUUGUAACAAUCUCUGUGUAUUACUUGCACAUGUGAGUGUGUGUGUGUGUGUGUGUGUGUGUGUGUGUGUGUGUGUGUGUGUGUUUAAAGCAACUGUAGCAUGAGCCUUGUAAAUUAUUCUUCUAAUGCCAUGAUACUAAGCAAAACUACACAAUUAUUUUCUUGAAUUUUGUUCUUUAUCUAUGAUUUUGCUUAAAUGUACAUAAA